AUGGAGCCCAUCAAGGUCCAAUCAGAAGGUGGACUGAAUGUGACCCUCACCAUCAGGCUGCUGAUGCACGGCAAGGAGGUCGGAAGCAUCAUAGGAAAGAAAGGAGAAACGGUGAAGAAAAUGCGCGAAGACAGCGGCGCCCGCAUCAACAUCUCAGAGGGGAACUGCCCUGAGCGGAUAGUCACCAUCACCGGGCCAACGGAUGCCAUCUUCAAGGCCUUUGCCAUGAUAGCCUAUAAAUUCGAGGAGGAUAUAAUCAAUUCCAUGAGCAACAGUCCCGCCACCAGUAAACCCCCGGUAACCCUGAGGCUUGUUGUCCCAGCCAGUCAGUGUGGCUCCCUCAUCGGCAAAGGAGGCUCCAAAAUCAAAGAAAUGAGAGAGUCCACAGGAGCUCAGGUCCAGGUCGCGGGUGACAUGCUCCCCAACUCCACUGAGAGAGCAGUGACGAUCUCAGGGGCCCCAGAGGCCAUCAUCCAGUGUGUCAAACAGAUAUGUGUGGUGAUGCUUGAGUCCCCACCGAAAGGUGCCACCAUCCCCUACCGCCCCAAGCCUGCCUCCACCCCUGUCAUUUUCUCAGGUGGCCAGGCUUAUACCAUUCAAGGACAGUACGCCAUCCCUCAUCCAGAUCAUUUCGGACGUACCUCAGCAGGUCUGGAUGCCAGUAACCAGGCCAGUACUCAUGAACUCACCAUUCCCAAUGAUCUAAUAGGCUGCAUAAUCGGACGCCAGGGAACCAAAAUCAACGAGAUCCGUCAGAUGUCUGGGGCGCAGAUCAAAAUUGCUAACGCCAUGGAAGGGUCAUCGGAGCGCCAGAUCACCAUCACAGGGACCCCCGCCAACAUCAGCCUGGCCCAGUACCUCAUCAAUGCAAGGUUCAGAGACGUGGCGGCCAUGUGGAACGACCCAUCUUCCAUGACCACAUCCUGA